AGCAAUUUCGGCUCCGCUGCCUUCCUUUUUCCCUGCUUUGAGCUCUUUUGACCAACACUCAGUCAUUGGACAUGAGGUCGCUUGUGGCUUUGGUGGCACUACCCCUAUUUGCUGUUGGGACCCCUGACUGGUGCAAGUGGGUACCCUACAGCUCUUUGCAGUAUGUUGCAGAUUGCGCGGGCUAUUCGGGACACAGCAGUGGCCCAGCACAAACCUGCGCCAGCUGGUGUGAAUGGGUGCCAUCUCCAUCAUGGUCCACAACAACCCAGUGCAGCAAGUGCUCAGAGCUCUUCCCAACCCCAAGUGCCAAUGACUUUGCUCAUGAUGACUGUGCCAGCUGGUGCCAGUAUGUGUCAAGACCGGCGUGGCAAUAUGCACCGGAUUGCCAAACUUGUGAACAGGAGAUUGCAAAUGCAGCCGCCAAGCCUGCUGCAGCCACAGUUGCAAAGUCUAAGGCAGGGGAUGAGAAUGCCAAGCCUGAGGGAGCAGAUGUAAAGGCAGCUGUUGGCAUCCCUGACUGGUGCAAGUGGGUACCCUACAGCUCUUUGCAGUAUGUUGCAGAUUGCGCGGGCUAUUCGGGACACAGCAGUGGCCCAGCGCAAACCUGCGCCAGCUGGUGUGAAUGGGUGCCAUCUCCAUCAUGGUCCACAACAACCCAGUGCAGCAAGUGCUCAGAGCUCUUCCCAACCCCAAGUGCCAAUGACUUUGCUCAUGAUGACUGUGCCAGCUGGUGCCAGUAUGUGUCAAGACCGGCGUGGCAAUAUGCACCGGAUUGCCAAACUUGUGAACAGGAGAUUGCAAAUGCAGCCGCCAAGCCUGCUGCAGCCACAGUUGCAAAGUCUAAGGCAGGGGAUGAGAAUGCCAAGCCUGAGGGAGGUUUGAAGUUGAAGUCUAGUUUCGCCCGCCCUGACUGGUGCAAAUGGGUGCCAUGGGGUUCCUUGCAAUAUGUUCCAGAUUGCAAUGGAAGCUGGGGAAACACCUAUCAAGGUGCGUAUUGCGCCAGCUGGUGCCGCUGGGUCCCAUCCCCAUCUUGGCAGUACACACCUGAGUGUCUUCGAUGCUAUUCAGUCACACCAGGUGUUGCCACUCGAUGCGCAAGUUGGUGUGAGUGGGUUUCAAGGCCAGCGUGGGCAAACACUCCAGAAUGCACUCAGUGUAGCUCUGAGCAAGAUGACUCUGACAAUACCAUUUUGCCAUGAUCGCUGAUGCAACAGCCGUCAGCGUAAAGUUAUGUAAAGUCUGUAAAGUUAUGCAAGUCAUUGCAAGUUGGUGUACAGCCAUUCUGUCCAUGGUUUUGUCAGCUCGUCUAGCGAGUCUAGCAGAUGACGCUCAAAAGUGUCCUCUUCCAAGGUAUUUGUUUCAGUGAUUCAGGCGCACAGCAUGUCAUUGCUUGGCACUUGCAGGUAACUCCACAACUGCGAAGUAUACAAA